AUGUCGGACAAGAAUACUCGUAUUGCGAUAGUUAGCGACGAUAAAUGUAAGCCCAAGAAGUGCAGGCAGGAAUGUAAACGUUCUUGUCCGGUCGUCAAAACUGGGAAGCUGUGUAUCGAGGUGGCGCCCACGUCCAAGGUUGCAUUUAUUUCGGAGAACUUGUGUAUUGGGUGUGGUAUCUGUGUGAAGAAGUGUCCGUUCGGGGCCAUCACCAUUAUCAAUUUGCCCACCAACCUGGACUCGCAGGUGACGCACCGUUACUCGGCCAACUCUUUCAAGCUACAUCGGCUGCCCACACCGAGACCUGGGCAGGUGCUGGGGCUAGUUGGUACCAACGGUAUCGGGAAGUCCACUGCGCUAAAGAUCCUGGCGGGGAAGCAGAAGCCUAAUCUAGGGCGGUACGAUGACCCACCUGAGUGGUCGGACAUCAUCAAGUACUUCCGUGGGUCGGAGCUGCAGAACUACUUCACCAAGAUGCUGGAGGACGACAUCAAGGCGAUCAUCAAGCCGCAGUACGUGGACAACAUUCCACGGGCGAUCAAGGGUCCGUUACAGAAGGUGGGCGAGCUACUGAAGGCACGUAUGGAGAAGCCCGAGGCCGACGUGAAAAUGUACAUCAAGAUCCUCGAGCUGCAGAACGUGUUGAAGAGAGAUGUGUCUGCUCUAUCCGGUGGUGAGUUGCAGCGGUUUGCGAUUGGGAUGUCGUGUGUGCAACAGGCCAACGUGUACAUGUUUGACGAGCCAUCGUCCUACCUGGAUGUGAAACAACGUCUGAACGCAGCAUUGAUAAUCAGAUCCUUACUAGACCCUACAACUUACGUUAUUUGCGUGGAACAUGACUUGUCGGUGCUUGACUAUCUAUCCGAUUUCAUCUGUAUCUUAUACGGUGUUCCAUCUGUCUACGGUGUUGUUACAUUGCCAUCGUCUGUGCGGGAAGGUAUCAACAUCUUCUUGGAUGGCCACAUUCCUUCGGAGAACCUGCGGUUCAGAACCGAGGCGCUGCAGUUCCGUCUUGCUGAAGCCGGUGAGGAACUACACUCCGAUGCCAUGCGCGCCUUCCAAUACCCACCAAUGAAGCGUACACAAGGCGAUUUCGUUUUGAAUGUGGAGCCAGGUGAGUUCUCGGACUCUGAAAUUUUGGUCAUGAUGGGAGAAAACGGUACUGGUAAGACUACGUUAAUCAAACUGCUGGCAGGCGCCAUCGCGGCGGAUGAUGGAAAGGAUAUCCCUAAGCUCAAUGUUUCCAUGAAGCCACAGAAGAUUGCACCAAAGUUCCCAGGUACAGUUCGCCAGCUUUUCUUCAAGAGAAUCAGAGCGCAAUUCUUGAACCCGCAGUUCCAGACAGAUGUCUGUAAACCAUUGAGAAUUGACGAUAUCAUUGACCAAGAGGUGCAGCAUCUAUCCGGUGGUGAGUUGCAGAGAGUGGCCAUUGUGUUGGCUCUUGGAUUGCCUGCCGACAUAUAUUUGAUCGAUGAGCCAUCCGCAUACUUGGAUUCUGAACAGCGUAUCAUUUGUUCUAAAGUUAUCAGACGGUUUAUCCUACACAACAAAAAGACUGCAUUCAUUGUGGAGCACGAUUUCAUCAUGGCUACCUACUUAGCCGAUAAGGUCAUUGUAUUCGAGGGUACGCCAUCCAAGAAUGCGUACGCUAGAACUCCAGAAAGUUUAUUAACUGGUUGUAACAAAUUCUUGAAGAACUUGAAUGUCACCUUCAGAAGAGAUCCAAACUCCUUUAGACCAAGAAUUAACAAGUUGGAUUCUCAAAUGGACAAGGAGCAAAAAUUGUCCGGUAAUUACUUCUUUUUGGACACGGCUUCUGUUUAA